AUGGCUAUCGCACAAAUGACCAUAUGGUCCAUUUGGUCUGCCCCACUGAUUAUGUCCAACGAUCUUCGCAUAAUAGGUCCAGAAUUCCGGAAAAUUCUUUUAAAUCGUGAAGUUAUCGCCAUUGAUCAAGAUCCAAUGGGUAGGAUGGGACGAUUGGUGGCUAAUGUGAGUAGUGCAUUAACCCAAACGCUCAUGCUUUGGGCUAGGCACAAGACUGUUACAUAUAUUGUUCAGGUCUCAGGUGUUGGUGCCUAUGUGAAGCCGAUCACACCCGUUUACGACAGAGAUACCUCAUUUGCUUUGGGAUUUCUCAACAGGAACCUUAAGGCUAAUGUAAGCAGUAAUUUCACGGUUUACAAGUAA